AUGGAGGAGUUCCUGCAGCGCGCCCGGUCCAAGCUGAACAGGAGCAAACACCUGGAGAAAGUCCAUGUUGUUCUUGGGAAUAAAUCCUGUGAUUUGGAUUCACUCAUUUCUACUCUGGCCUAUGCAUACUUUCUAGACAAGGUCAGUCCUCCUGAUGUUCUUUGCUUACCCGUGUUGAAUAUACCAAGAAGAGAUUUUAACUACUUCACAGAGACAAGAUUUAUACUCGAGGAGCUGAAUAUCCCCGAGUCAUUUCAUAUCUUCCGAGAUGAAAUCAAUUUGCACCAGCUGAAUGCUGAAGGGAAAUUGUCUUUAACACUUAUAAACAGCAACAUGCUGACAAGUGAGGAUAAAAGUUUGGAAUCAGCUGUUGUUAAAGUCAUCAAUCCAGAUGAGCAAUGUGACGGAAGCCUGGAGUUACAAGCAUCUUCUUCCUCUUUAGUAAUAAAAGAGAUUCUUCAAGAGGCACCAGAGUUAAUCACUCAGCAACUGGCUUAUCUCCUCAGAGGAAGCAUACUCUUCAAGUGCAUGUCUUUGGAGGCUGGCAGAAUUACAGAGCAGCAGGAGAAAGUACUGUCAAUCCUAGAGGAAAAGUUUCCAGAUCUUCCUCCACGAGAAGAAAUUAUCUCAGUUCUCCAGGAGACUCAGUUUAACCCACAAGGUGUAAGUAUUGAUGAGGUUAUGCUGAAGGAUCUCAAGGAGAUUUCAGAUGGAGAAAUCAAAGUAGCAGUUACCACUGUGUACAUGACACUGGAGGACUGCGUGUUCCACCGGAGUCUCAUCGGUGAUCUGAAAGCAUUCAUAGAUAAAUAUGGGUUUGAUGUACUUGUCAUUUUGGCCAACUGUUUGUCAGAUGAGAAGCAAACAAUACGACAAAUAGCAGUAUACUCAGAAAACUUAGAGCUAGGCAAUCAGAUCUGCUGUGAAUUAGAAGAAUGUCAGAAUCCUUGUUUGGAGCUGGAUCCUCUAGAAUGUGGAUGUGACCAAAUUCUCAUUUAUUGUCAGGAAAAUUCUUUGGUGACCUGUGAUCAAAUUUUUCUUCUAGUUAAGGAAGUUAUAAAUAGAAGACAACCAGAAAUGGUAUCAAACAGUAGAACUUCUUCUACUGAAGCUGUUGCUGGAAGUGCUCCACUUUCACAAGGAUCUUCUGGUAUUAUGGAGUUGUAUGGUUCUGAUGUAGAACCUCAGCCCAGUUCUGCCAAUUUUAUAGAAAAUCCUCAAGAUCUAAAUGGAUCUAUGCAAGCCCAUGUUGAUGUUAAUGUUGACCUUGUGAGUCCAGAUAGUGGAUUGGCUACCAUUAGAAGCAGCCGGUCUUCCAAGGAGAGUUCUGUUUUCCUUAGUGAUGAUAGCCCUAUUGCAGAAGGUGGUGCUUCCCAUCACAGCCUUCUGCCUGGCUUUGAUUCCUACAGCCCUAUUCCUGAAGGAGCAAUACCUGAAGAACAAAACCCUCAGUCUAGAGACAAUAGUGAUCACUUUGAUCUUUUCAAUUUUGAUCUGGCACCUGUGGUUACAGCUCCAUCCGAGUCAUCUUCUCAUUCUGUUGAUUGUUCUCCAGCAGAUGACUCUUUCCUCAAUAGUGAUUCAUCAGAAGGACAAGUCACUGUGCAGAAAGAACUUGAUGAGGCAAACCUGCUGGAAAAUGAUACAGCAAAUUAUUCAACUGACUUACUUAUGACAACAAAUGGCAAAGACAAUUUAGCUGAAUUUGAUGAGAAUCCAGAAGAAAUAUGUGAGAAAACAUCAAGUUUGAUUGAUUUAGUUGCAGGUGAUUCUUCUUCACCAAAAAUGUUAAAAUCUGCUGAUUCAAGAAUUCCACCAACUCCUAUGAACAGUCUUGUGGAAACUUCACCAUUAGAUAAUGGGCAGCCUUUGUUUUUCCCACAAGAGGUCAUAAAAAAAAUUAAUGAAAUAGAUGGCACAAAUUAUUCUCAGUCUCGUGUUAGAUAUGGAAGCUGGUGGGAUGGCUUUGACCUAGAGUCCAGAAAUGCUGACACGUGGAGUUCAAGUGAGCAGGAAUCUGUAUUUCAGAGCCCUGUCUUAUGGAAAGACUGUAAAGAAAGUCCCUUGCUACGAGAACAUAUUGAUAGAAGAGCCUCAGAUUCUGUAUUUCUCCAGAAACAGCCGAAGCAAAUGGAUCACAUGAGAGCAGGUCUGUGGGAUAAUAAGUUUAAACAAGAUAAUUGGAACCAUGAGAAUAAAGAGAAAAACAGUGAGCAUUCACGUUUGCAAACUGCCUCGUUAGAGGAGACAAAGCAAGAACCAGAGAGCUUUAUGGACCCAUGGAAUGUCAGUCAGCCAGCAUCUAUGAUGUCAGAUGCAUGGUGUAGUGGAGAAGGGAAGGGCAGUCAGCUAGCUGGAGGCUCAUACAAAGUCUGGACUAAGUUUGAUGCAGGAGAUAUUGCUAGCUCAUCAGAAAAUGUAUGGAACAUGCCCAUGCUGGAGAGUGAAAAACAAUCAGUUAAUAUUCCUGAAGAAUGGUCUGUGACAAAACCUAGUUUAUCAGAUUCUUCAGAAAUCACAAUGGACAAUGACACUGAAAAUCCACCUAUCCAAGUAGAUCCAGAAGCCUGGGAUAAAGAAAGAUAUUAUUCAGUAGAAGAAUAUGUAAAAUCUGAAAAUACAAAUUCUGGUUUCAACAAUAGGCAAAAUGAUUCCAAUCUGGAAACAGAGGAAAAUACUGUAUUUGGUGACCCUAAACAUAGACCAAAGCAAUUUGAAAAUAUAGACAGCUGGAAUAUAUAUGAUAAAAACAUCAGGAAAGAAGUUACAGAAGUAGUGGUGCCAUGGGAGGACACCUUCUUGUAUAAACAGUCAGAUCUUAGUUCAUCAAACAUAGGUGAAGAUUUACUUGUUUCUCCACCAGACACCAAUUAUUCAACAUCUGAUUCAUAUAUAUCACCUACAUAUGUGGAAGAUGAAAGAGAAAAUGAGAAAAAAAUUUUUGAUGAAGAAACAGUCAUUGAUAAAUUGAUAAACCCAAAUUUGGCUGAGACAGAAGUACUAGAGAAAGCAAAUAAGGAACCAUUAUCUCCUAGAAAUACGCCUUUUUCAAGUGCUGGAAACACAGAUAUCUGGAACAUUCCUCUAAAUAAUGUCACCCAGUUAAAAGAAAGAAAAUCUGAAAUUACUGCUAUUUCUGCCUCUACUAAACCUUUCCUUAAUUCAGAACAAGCAGCUAGUCAAUGCUUUUCAACUGAGACACAUACCAGUGAAAAUAUUUUUUCUGUAUCUGAAUACAGAAGAGUAAGACCAGUUUACAGUCAAACAGUGAAUGACUUAUCACCACCACAGAACAAGUUAAAUGCUAGAAAGGCUGCAGCUGAAAAUGUAGAAACAGUGGGCAGUAUUCCUGUAGAAGACACAGAGACAUCUACACCAACUUCAGACACUGGGAACGGUUUGGAUCUGAAAAUAUCUGACUUAGGGAGCAAGAUACUUAGUAAGAGAGCAGUGCAAAACACUGCUGAUGUUGAUGAAAAGCUGAAUUGUGAGGAUUCAGCACAGCAGCUGAACUCACAGAGCUUACAGAAUGAGGAGAGUUGUGAGGAAGGCAGGGACAAUGCCAUUGUUAUCUCUCAAGAAGGAAAAGAAGAAUAUAAGAGAACAGAUGAGACAAGUGGACAGCAAAUGCUUAGUGACAAUUCUAAUAAACCAGUGCAAGAGGACAGCGAAUCUUUAUGUAACACAGAUUCAGAAGGAAACAGGUCAUCAACUGAAGUUCCCAGCUCUCCAGAAAAAAUGAGGAACAGUGUCAGUUUGGAAGCAUUACUAACAAGGAAUGAGUCAUUUUCCAAUCAAAGUAAUACAGUUAGUUGGGAAGAGAGGAAAGACAUGUCACAGAAUAAUGUAGAAUCUUCCAGUGCUUCUGAGGAAGGUAGAAAUAAUGACACUUUUGAUGACUCCAGACUGAAAAAUCACAAUUAUGGUGAAAUGCCACAGCUGCUUUCUGAGAAUGCUAAAAAGGACACUACAGUAACAAAGGAUGCAAAAAGUCCUGAGAUGGAAAGUAUUUAUGAAAGUUCUGAUAAGGGUAGUGAUGAUCCUGAAGAUAAUUAUUCUAGAAUGUCCAGAAGCUCAGGAAAUUACUCUGAAAAGAGUGGUUAUUGCCUAGCCACAUCAAUUCCUUUGAUGAAUGAACCACAAGAAGUGCUGGGAGAAGGGAAAGAUGACUUAGAUGAAAUAGUUCCUAACCAUCCAGGCAUUCCUAAUUCUGAGUUAGUAUCUUUCAAAGAUAGCUCAGAAAUGAACAGGACUCGUGAAAAUUCAUUCACAGAUGAGUUUAAGAAGAGUACUUCUUCUGGAUGUGUCAGGGUUUCUGACAUUACAGAAAUGUCUUUGGUGGAAAAUUCAUUUUCACAUGAAGUAGAUUCUGGAAUAAAUGAAAAUUUUGAAAACGUAGAACCUGCUAAUAAUCUUUCUGAAGAUCUGUGUGUAAUGCCUACUGACAGUUUUCCCAAAACUGCUUGGAAUUCAGAGCCAUGUGAAAAUUUGCAGUCUCCUGGAACGAGUCCUGAGGCAAGUGAAGUCCUUGAAAUGGCAAACACCACAAGUAGCUUUUCAAAGGAUAUACAGACCAAAAGUUAUUUGGAAGGAGAUAAUGUGUGGAGUGAUUCAAUAAAUGAUUAUGUACACUCAAGUGGAACAAGUCCUGAUUUAAGUGAUGCAUCUGUGAAUGUGUGGGGAGACCUCCCAGUUGCUAGUCCUGACAAAAGAGCCAGAGAUAUGUGGGACAGUAAAAAUAAUAAAAAUCUUGAAGAUGCUUGUAAAAGGAAUGAAUAUGGCAACGAAUGUGAGGAAGGAUUUGAAACAAAUGCGGAACAGAAAAAGGUUCCUAGAAGCUUAGAUUUUUGGAAUGCCCAUGUAGAUGAUGAUACUGUAUCUUCUUUAUCAAGUCCUGACAUAAAUGAGGAUUCAGAGAAUUCAGAAGCGUGUCCAGCAAUGAUUAAUGAAGAUUCCACGUAUGAAAACAAACAGCACAAAGGAUCUGAAAUUGUAGAGGAUUAUGCUCAACCCAGUGCAACAAGUCCUGAAGCAAAUGGAGUCAAUGUAGAUACAAAAACUAAGGCGGGAGAAGAGGUCCAGUUAGGCAUCUUCAAUGAAAAUUCUGAAACAGUUAAAGCUAGGAAAGUAUUGCAGGAAGACAUGACUAUAAUGGAGUGUAAUGAAACUUCUGAAUAUUUAGGUUACUGGGAAACACUUGAGAAAGAAGCUCAGGUGAGUGUUUUCAGUGAAAAAAGAGGUAGCGAAGAAGACUUGUAUUUGUAUCCAAGGAAUGAAGAUACUACACCAACUUCUGCUGUUGGUGGUGAAGAAGAGUGUUCUUCAAAAUCGGUAGAUAUGUGGAGUAUGGUGUUGGAAGCUGAUUCAAGAACUGAUCCAAAAUCCACAGUAGGUACAUUGGGUUUUCCAGAUGACAAUUCAGAAUGGUGGAAUUCACAACCUUAUGAAGAAAAUAAAUUGAAAGUUCAGAGUUCUCUUUCAAGUCACCCUGCAUCAAAUCAGUUAAAGAAUAGUAAGGAGGACUCCUGGGGAUCACCUUCACCAGAUGAAGAACUAACAGAAGCACAUUUCACUAAUGCAAGUAAUGAUGGCAAUCAGUCUGCCCUGUACUGUGAUGAAAAAAAACAUGAAAGGCUAGUACAUCCUAUGAAUAUUCCUGAUAGUCAAAUAAAUCAAGACAUGGUACAGUUCAAACAAUUAGAUCCUUUCAUACUGGAUAAAGAAGAAAGGGGCUUGAAAGAUCAGUUGUUUCCUACAGAUGAGGAAAAUCAACUGUCCCCACAGAAUCCUUUUUCAGAUGAGGAACUAGGUACGCCAAAUACAUCAGUUCAAGAAAUCACUGAACUGGAUCUACCAGAUGAGAAUGAGGACAAUGUAAGUCUCAUUCCUCAAGAACAACAGCAGGACACCUGUGAAAGAUUAGAAGUGCACAACUCCUUGCCAGUGUCUUAUACUGGAGAGAAUUUAUCCUCUGAAGUGGCAGAGAAGUCAAGUCCAGAGUGGAGUAUAUUAGUUCCUCAAGCUGCACUUAUCCCAGAUAUUUUACAGGAUAAGACACAAGAAAGUAAUCAGCUGUUUUCAGUGGAACCUGACCUGUGGACUAAUGCUGAGCAGAUUGUCACUUUAAAGUCAGAUGGUGAAAAUCCUGAUAUAUUAAGUCAUUGUGAUCAAGACAAUUGUUCAGAGGCAUCAAGCAGUCCUGACGUGUGCCAGGAGCAUGAAGCUAAGCAUGUAUCUAUCCCAUCUUCUCAAACUGAGGUGGAGCCUGAAGACAGUCAGCUGAUUCACACAGGGUCAAAUAUGAGUAAAGAGGCAGAUUUUGAUUCAAAUUGUCGCUUAGUAAUGCAGAAGGUAGAGACACAGUCUGAAAGUGGUAGCCCCCAGGACUAUGAACUAGGAAGAACUGAUGGAUCCUAUCAGCUAAUCUCUUCCAAUACUCAGGAGCCUCCUGAAUUUGUAAUUUUAGAAGAAUGUGGUCUAGAAAAUAAACUUGUUACUGACGCAGUUGAAUCAGCUGAAAUUACCGAUCAAGUUUUAGAAGCUAUGUCCUUAGAGCUGAAAGACACAUUCCAUGAAAGUCCUGCAAGCCAUGAAGGAACACCAACUGAUGCAUCUCAAAUGCCUUUAAUUCCCAUGGAUUUCACUCUACCUGACAGGGCAAAACAAAGCUUAAAAGAAGAUAGCGCCUUGGCUGAAGUUGGAAAAUAUUCUGAUACUGCCCAUACAACAUUAACAGGUGGUGAGUUAGACAUGUCAGAAGAAUGUGUGGAUGAAUCUGAGACAGGGGUUGAACAUAACAUCAGGAACGCAUCAGUGACUACUGUCCUGGGAAGCACCUGUAGUGGAAUGAACAUACUGGGAACAGUAGGCAGUGAAGCAGCAGAAGGGGAACCAAAGGAUGAACAGAUAUUCUUUCCUGAAUCCUUUCUGCCUGGCAGUAAUGAAGGCCAUGAAAUGGACUCAAAUAAUCAACUGGUUGAUGACAUAGUAAAAGAAUAUGAAGACGUAACUGAAAAUGAUGUUCUUGUGCUUAAGGAAAUGCCAAGUGACCAGUCACCAGUGGUGUGUGCUCCACCAUCCUGUGUAUCUUUUGAUGCUGAACUUUCUGGCAGUGGAAACUGUGCACAGGAUGAGCUCUUGUUACAGCAGCCAUUUUGUAACACUGUUUCUUUGGAAAAACCUCUUCCACUCUCAAUUCCUUUGAAAAGUGCAGGAGGCAUCCUAAUGACCAAAGACAGCAGCAGUGAAGAUCAGGUGUCUGAAACAUCCACAGAGUGCCUUCAAGAAAAUCACACGUCGCUACCUUCACUCUCUGAGUCUGAAGUAACUGCAGGAGCUUCUGAGAUUCCAGUAGGGAAAUAUGAAGCAGAAACAGCUGAUCUCGACUCGCCGCCAGAUGGAGAUAAAAGAUCACCUGACGAAGCUGGCACUGACUACCUACUCAGUAACGAGAGUAAGCCGAGAAAUUUCUCUGAGACCUCUGAAUUGAAAAGUACAGAGGAUAAGGAAGAUGUGAGGCUGCAGGUGCACCGAGAUCCAACUUCACUGGAGAUGGAUUACUUUCUUGAUACUGAGGAAGGAAAUACACCUUCAACAAAGGAUACCAUUGAGAGAAAUGAAAGUGGUUUUUCAUUUCAAGAAGCUAAUGUAGCUGAACAACCAGAAUCUUGUGAAGGCUUAACACAGGGCUCCAUGGAUACCUUUCAGCCAACCUCCAUUACAAAUGAAAUGGAAGAUCACUCUGUUUCUGGGACUGAAUGGGACUCUGUUCACUUAGAAGAGAAAAGUUCUUCUGUUGUGCCUCAAAAACUGGAUGACGAAGGAUCACAGGAAAGGUGUGGGCAAGAUGAGGGCUGGAUUAUAUUGGGCCAAAAUGAAGUCAGUGACAUAUCACCUGAAGAAAUUUCUGCCAAGUCAGAGGUACCAAAAUCAGAGUCCAUAAAUUCUGGCGAAGAACCUGAAAAUGUUGUAGCACAGGCAUUAAUUCUUGACACUCGGGCAGAAUUUCAGGUAGAAACUCCCCUUCAGAAAUCUUUUGAACAUGAGGGCUGUUCUCAUUCAGACAGCCUGACUACUGAGGACGAGAGUUUGGGCAUUUCAGGAACCCAUGUGUUGGAAGUGGUUGAUGGUGAUGGCGCGUGGGAAGCCAAUACUGAACAGAGACUCAGAAAUAACAGAGCAACAGAACAAGAAGUGAUGGAGAAAACUGUGCUUUUCAGCAGUGAAAGAGAACCGAUUCAAAAAUCAGGACUGGUACAAGAGGAUGUGGGAAUGGACAUCCCCUUUGCUGAGGAUGUGUUAAUCCCCACUUCUGCAGAGAUGAGACCCGAACCUCCCAAUUCUCUUGAUCUUAAUGGUUCCAAUCCCAGAAGAAUAAAGCUCACUGCCCCAAAUAUCAAUCUCUCUUUGGACCAAAGUGAAGGGUCCAUACUUUCUGAUGAUAAUUUGGAUACACCAGAUGAAAUUGACAUCAAUGUAGAUGACCUUGACACUCCUGAUGAAGCAGACUCUUUUGAAUACACUGGACAAGAAGAGCAGACAACUACUAAGGAUGCUUCCCAGGAGGAGUCUGAAUCAAUUCCAGAGUAUACUGCUGAAGAGGAGCGGGAGGACAACAGAUUAUGGAGAACAGUAGUUAUUGGAGAGCAAGAACAAAGAAUUGAUAUGAAAGUCAUUGAACCUUACAAAAAAGUCAUUUCACAUGGAGGGUACUAUGGUGAUGGUCUGAAUGCUAUCAUUGUGUUUGCGGCCUGCUUCUUGCCAGACAGCAGUCGGACUGAUUACAACUAUGUCAUGGAAAAUCUUUUCCUCUAUGUAAUCAGUACCUUAGAGCUGAUGGUAGCUGAAGACUAUAUGAUUGUCUACUUGAAUGGAGCAACACCAAGAAGGAGGAUGCCUGGGCUGGGUUGGAUGAAAAAAUGUUACCAGAUGAUUGAUCGACGAUUACGGAAGAAUUUGAAAUCAUUUAUAAUUGUUCAUCCAUCAUGGUUCAUCAGGACAAUUCUUGCUGUGACACGACCUUUCAUAAGUUCUAAGUUCAGCAGUAAGAUACAGUAUGUCAACACGCUGGCAGAGCUUCGCGAGAUGAUUCCAAUGGAAUACAUGCACAUACCAGACAGUAUUGUCAAGUAUGAUGAAGAAAAGUGUAUUAAAAGAAGAAUGAGACUGGAUGAAGAACUGAGGGAAACUUCAGAAACAGCUAAAACUAACUGCCUCUCAAAUGAUCCAGAAAUGACUGCAGUGGAGCAGGACAUUGACAUGACCCUGAAAUAAAAAGCAUCGCUGCCAGGCAUUUGAAGAAUAGAGUUCACUUGGAUUUGUAUCAGCCGGACACCCAAGACCAUGGUGUACUGUAGACAAUUUGGGUUAAUUUUAUUUGCUUUAUGAUUUUUCUGUGUCAUUCAGCAGCUCAAGAAGACCAAAAGGGCCCAUCCUGUUGCCAUGGAAACAGCAGGAUUUUUGGAACUGGUUAUUUGUGUUGUUUCAGAAACAGAGUUUUCAUUAGGAAAGCUAUGUCAUCUAGCAUUGGUUUCUAUGCAUGUGUGUGCAAUUUCUGUUUAAAAGGAUACCAUUUUACCAACAGUGCACCUCAUGAACAUGUCAAUGAGGAUGUGGAUUUUUGUUUCAUUUCCAUCUUCAGCAUAUUAAUGUUUAUGCAUAGCUAAACAGAAUAGUUACUGUUACAAUAAAUAUUAGCUUGGUUGUGUCACAGAGCAGCAGCAACUUUAUUGCUUAACAGUAAUUCUAGAAAUUAUGCAGGACUUUCUUGAAUUUGUCUAUUUCUUGCUGUCUGAGAAGUCAUUCCAUGUUCAUUUAACCCUUUUUAUUUGGUCACAUGGAAGACUGAUAUACUACAAAAAAUAUAUGAUUAGUCAUCAAACAGACAUCCCAGAGGAAAAAAUAGUAACUGAAAUUUAUUUUAUUUUAAUAAUUUAGUUUAGUAUCUUUAUUUUAGGGACAUUUUUAUAGAAGCACCUAGUCCUAUAAAUGGUUUUCAUACAUUAUAAAAGCCUUGGAGUAUUAAUUCAUUCUUGUUGGGUUUUAAAUCUGUUUUUCCAAUUUUAUUUUAUUUUUUUAAGUAUUUUACAUGUAUUCAAUGCUAUCAAUGUAAAAAAAAAAAACUUAGUGUUUCCUGCUCACAUCUGAAGGUUAAAUGUAUGAAUCCACAGUUGGGACUUACACUCAUUUCUUAGGAGUAGUUGUCCAAGUAUUAUUCAUAGGGUAUCUAAAAAAAAAAAAAAAGUAUUGGAAUGCAGUUUAUUGUCUGUGUCAUAAAACAUGGCAGUAAAAACAUGAAAAGGAAAAAAAUCCUAAGCAUUUCUUGUUUGCUGCUGUCCUGUGCACUGACAUAAAAGACAUUGAAAUUUAAGUCCUCAUAUUUGGAAAAUAACAGCAGUCUCUUAGACCAUUAUUUUGCAAGGAGUCUGAAUCAAUUGUCAGGUGAAUUCUGUUUGCUUUAGAAGACAAGAGUCAAGAAUAUGCCUGAUGCUUUAUGUUCCCCUAGUGAACACAUGCAUGUAUCUCCCAAACUUUCUGAUUCUCCUGCCUUGUGGAAUGUCCUAAAAGAAAUAGCGUUAUAGACUCCCUGAAAUAUUUUUCUUGUCUUCAAGGUACUCUUAUAUGCCCUAGAAUUACAUCUCUAUUUUGUGUGUAAGUAAGCCCUUAGACAUAACAGUUCAAUAACAUUUACACCUUCUUUUUAAGUGUGCACUAACACCAGUCCUACUUCCAGUCCGGGAUUAUUAAUUAAAGAGAAGACAAGCAAAAUAUUUCUUCAGGAAUAAAGUUUAAGUAAAAGGCAGGACAGAAUGGGCCUGUUUUUUUUCAGUAGGGUCUAGACUGAGAGUGAAAAUUUUAUUUUGCCCUUUAUUUAAAAGAUGCAUUUUAUUUUUUUUCCCCGUGAUUUGCACAUUUCCACCUAUUUGAAUUUGUAUCCUUUAUUUGCACGGUAGUCUGCAGGCAAGGAAGCAAGCAUCCAUCAUUGUGUGCAGAGUUGUUCAGCUACUGUAAUGAAGAUUGACAAAAUAGCCAGAAAGGCAAGGACUUGCCAGAUGCUUCUUAUCUGCCAGUAUCAAAAUGGAAAUAUCUGCCCCUCUGCAGUCCUUGCUGUGAUCUGACAGGUGGUGCAUUGUAUCUCGGACAUACUAGCUAGCCUCCUGUAUUGCAUCUUUCUGUCAGUUCCUGUUAAUUUGCACAGAGGAAGGGCUGACAGUUGUUGCUGCUCUAUAAACUUGCCCUAAAUUACAAUCUGGUAGUUUCCACUGUUUCUCAGAUAUUUGAAUCUUGGCUUGUGUCUGCCUUAUAAAAGUGCUGUCACUUAGUAUAUUGGGGAUAACGUUUUGUGUACAUACUAUUUGUAUUAACUUCCAGAUGCUAAUUAAGCUUCACCUAGAUCUGAACUAUUAAGAGCAUUUAGUAGCAUGAAGUCACAUCUUCCGUAGACCUGUAGUUUAAGCCACCUACAAUGAGUCAGAUGAUUUGUGUUUAGCUGUAGGUGAGAGAAGUGUUCGCGAAAGGAGAAAUGCACCACAAAGCAGAGGUUCAGCAUAAAUCUUUAUAUGCUGUUUGAGACCUAAGUGGGAUAUUUGUGGCCCUAAUAGUGGGUGUCAGCUCAGAGGUGAGUUUUAAUUCUAAAGGCUUUGUGUGAAAACUACUAACAGCAAAGCUAUACAUGAAUUAAUAUGAUUGAUGUGCAUGGACUAACAGUAGCAGCCUGAGAUGGAAGGAAUUUGUUUAAGUGUAAUGUCACAUUAAAACAAAAUGGGGCAUCAAUGUGGUGGUGGAAAAGUGAUUGCAAGAUCAAGAUGUGGUUAUCUUUGCUUCAUAAUAUAUUUUGAAAAGUUUUUUAGUUUUAUGAUAUGGCAAUUCUAUAAUAUAUUAACAGUAAUGUAUCAAUAUUAAUAAAUGAGUAGUUUGUUGAAAGAGGAAUAUGGUACGUAUAAUUGCACAGAUAUAAUCUUUUAUAUAUGGAUUUUUUCUACCGUGUAUCAGAGUGCUCAGAUAAAAUAGUUGCAAUUUUUAUUUAUUUAUUUUUUUGUUAAAAGAUUUAUGCUGACUUAAAUUGUAGAUUAAGCAAUACAAGGAAAUCUGGUAUCAUUGUAUGCAUAUAUAUACACCUAUGAAUCAGAAAUAAAGAACUGCAAC